AUGGUCAUCGACAGAGCACAGCGUGUGCCCGACUCCCAGGCCGUGACUGCUGCGACCCCGCGGGUCAUCGCCGCUGUGUCAGAGGGAGGGUGGUGUGGGGACUGCCUGUAUGGGGGCAGACCCUCUCCUCCCCAGGCUCCUCAGGAUCUGAACACGAUUUACUGCCACCUCUACCACAUGGACGUCCUGUCUCACCUCAGAGAGCAUCAGCUGCGGUCUAUGUGUACGUCGGCCAGGUACGAGUGCUACGAGGCAAACCACAUCCUGUUCUACCCAGAUAACAUCUCCACAUGCUGGUACAUUCUGCUGUCCGGUUCUGUCUUUGUGAAGGAACACAUGUACUUGGCCCGAUGCUGUUUUGGCAAGCAGCUCGGUGGAAGACGCGGGUGUGAAUGCAUCACACUAGAGCCAUCAGAGAUGAUUGUGGUGGAGAACGCCAGCGAGGCUGAGGACGGGGCGCUGCAGCGGGACGAACCCCAGCGACACUCUCGCCGACGCUUUCGCAAAGUCAACCACCGCGGAGAGAGGGAAGUUAUCACAGACGCCCAGGACCCCUCUGGUUCCCCCAAGCUUCCUGGAGACCUCAACAAAAUGCAUCUGACGGACCAUCCCCACCAGCAGGCGACGCACUUGGCUCCCAGCCAAUCAGGAUGCAGCAUCGCCAGUGACUCAGGCAGCAGCAGCCUAUCAGACAUCUACCAGGCCACCGAAAAUGAGAUGGGGGAUGUGGACCUGUCAGGGCUCCCCGAGGCUCCCGUGGACUCUGAGGAAGACGAGGACGAAGAUGACGACAUUGAGCGGGCCUCGGAUCCUUUGCUGGGCAGAGACUUGGUGCGGGAGUGUCUGGAGAAGGAGCCGGCAGAUCGCAGCGAUGACGACAUCGAGCAGCUUCUGGAGUUCAUGCACCAGCUGCCGGCGUUUGCCAACAUGACCAUGUCAGUGCGGAGGGAGCUGUGUAAGGUCAUGGUGUUUGAGGUGGUGGAGCAGACUAACACGGUCAUCCUGCAGGACAAACAGGAGCUGGACCUGUGGUACGUGAUCCUGAAUGGAGCGGUGGAGGUGGUCCACGCUGACCAGCGGACCGAAACCCUGUGCAUGGGGAACAGUUUUGGCAUAUCUCCCUCUUUAGACAAACAGUACAUGAGUGGAACGGUGCGUACCAAAGGGGAUGACUGUCAGUUUGUGUGCAUCGCCCAGGAGGACUACUGUCGCAUCCUCAACCAUGUGGAGAAGAACACACACAAAGUGGAGGAGGAGGGUGAGAUCGUCAUGGUGAAGGAGCACCGGGAACUGGACCGCAGCGGAACCAGGAAGGGACACAUCGUCAUCAAGGGGACACCAGAGAGGCUGAUCAUGCAUCUUGUGGAGGAGCCCUCAGUGGUGGACCCCACUUACAUUGAAGACUUCCUGCUUACCUACCGCACCUUCCUGUCCAGCCCCAUGGAGGUUGGCCGGAAACUUCUGGAAUGGUUCAAUGAGGACAGUCUCAGAGACACGGUCACAAGGAUAGUUUUAUUAUGGGUCAACAAUCAUUUCAAUGACUUCGAAGGCGACACGACCAUGACCCGGUUCCUGGAAGAAUUUGAGAAGCUUCUAGAAUCAGCGAAGAUGAAGGGCCAUUUGAGGCUGCUGAACAUUGCCUGUGCUGCCAAAGCCAAGUGGAGACAGGUGACGCUGCAGAAACCCUCCAGGGAGGCCCCUCUCUCCUUCACCGUGCAAGGAGGGACCGAACGCGGGUUCGGCAUCUUCAUCGAGACUGUGGAGGAAGGCAGCAAAGCCGCGGAGGCUGGACUCAAACGCGGGGACCAGAUAAUGGAGAUAAAUGGACAGAACUUUGAGAACAUCUCGUUCUCCAAAGCUAUGGACAUCCUGAAGAACAACACACAUCUCUCCCUCACAGUCAAGACCAACAUCUUCGUGUUUAAGGAACUCCUGAGCCGUAUCCAGCUGGAGAGGAAGAACAGUGGUCCUCACAUUCCCAAGAUCCAGGAGAAGAAAGGGAAUCGGUUGUCCAUUCCCGACCUGCCCGGGGACAUGGAGUUUGACACCGACAGCAAGAGUCACAAAAAGAUGAAGGCCAACACGGUGUCUGGCAGCCGCAGCAAGAUCCGUAAGAUGCUGGGCAAGACGCGUUUUAGCAUCCUCCCGCCCAAACCUCUCAGUGAUGGAGCGGUGGGCCAGUCCCAAGACGACAGCAUCGUUGGCACGAAGCAGUGUCGUCAUAGCGUCGCUAUCAUGCCCAUCCCUGGCAGUCUCUCCUCCAGCAGCCCUGACCUCCUGCAGCCCACCGCCAGCGUCCUGGACUUCUCCAAUCCCUCAGCCCUAGGCCUGUAUUACAUUCCAGACCAGGUGAUCCGCGUCUUUAAGGCUGACCAGCAAAGCUGCUACAUCAUCAUCAGUAAAGACACCACCGCCAAAGAUGUGGUGUCUCAUGUGGUGAAUGAGUUUGGGCUGCCGGCCUCCCCCGAGUCCUUCUCUCUCUGCGAGGUGUCCAUUAGCCCAGAGGGCGUCAUCAAACAGAGGCGGCUGCCCGACCAGCUCUCCAAACUGGCCGAUCGGAUACAGCUCAACGGCAGGUACUACCUGAAAAACAACAUGGAAACGGAGACCCUCUGUUCGGACGAGGAUGCUCAGGACCUCCUGCGGGAGAGCCAGAUCAGCCUCCUCCAGCUCAGCACAGUGGAGGUGGCCGCCCAGCUCUCCAUGCGUGACUUCAGCCUCUUCCGAAACAUCGAGUCCACCGAGUAUGUGGACGACCUGUUCAAGCUCGACCCGGGCGGCGGGGCCGGCCGCCUUAAACAGUUUGAAGAGGUCAUUAACCAGGAGACCUUCUGGGUCGCCACGGAGAUCCUGCGUGAGGCUAACGUGCUCAAACGGAUGAAGACCAUCAAGCAUUUCAUAAAGAUCGCCCUACACUGCCGCGAAUGCAAGAACUUCAACUCCAUGUUCGCCAUCAUCAGUGGGCUGAACCUGGCGCCGGUGGCUCGGCUGCGGAGCUCCUGGGAUAAACUUCCGAGCAAGUACGAGAAGCUUUUCCGUGACUUGCAAGACAUCUUUGACCCAUCGCGGAACAUGGCAAAGUACCGGAACAUUCUGAGCAGUCAAAGUGUCCAGCCUCCCAUCAUCCCGCUGUUCCCUGUGGUCAAGAAGGACCUGACCUUCCUGCAUGAAGGGAAUGACACGUGUGUGGACGGCCUGGUGAACUUUGAGAAGCUGAGGAUGAUCGCCAAGGAGAUUCGCCACGUGGUCCGCCUGACCUCUGCCAACAUGGACCCGGCACUCAUGUUCAGACAGAGGAAGAAGAGGUGGAAAAGUUUAGGGUCUUUGAGUCAGGGCAGUACCAACUCCAACAUGUUGGACGUUCAGAGCGGACACAAGAAGCGCGUGCGACGCAGUUCUCUGCUCAACGCUAAGAAACUGUACGAGGACGCCCAAAUGGCGCGCAAGGUGAAGCAGUACCUGUGCAAUCUGCAGGUGGAGACGGACGAGGAGAAGUUCCAGAUCAUGUCCUUACAGUGCGAGCCGGCCUACAGCACCCUGUCGAAGAACCUCAGCGAGAGGAGGUCGACCAAAUCCGACAUGUCCCCUGUGAUCAUGCGCUCCACCCUGUCUUCAGGCAGAUCCCAAAACCGUAUGUCUCAGGUUCUCCAGGUGCCCCCUGUCAGCCUCUACCCGCUCCGCAAGAAAAGCCUCGCCAAGGACCUGGCUGCAGCUCACAGUUCCAGUUCUCCUCAGGUGGUAAAGAAGCCGGUCAGUUCAGCGGAGGACUCUAGUGGGAAAAGAACCGAGGACAGCACAUCAGCGGUGUCGUCACUUCAGUCGAGUCCGACUGUCUCUCCGCAGGGCUCGCCCCGCAAAGUAAACAACGUGCCGAAAGCGCAGAACUCCAGUCAGAUGAAUCUGUCAGGGUCCUCCUCGUCUCUGACCAGCGAGGCCAGCACCAAGGCUGGGGGCGGGGCCAGCGCCGCGGGCAACGGUGGCAGUGCUGGACGCAGCUACGGCAGUAUAGGCUACGCUCUGAUACCGGUGGGGAAGUCGGAUCCGUCCGACUCCAGUCACAGUGAGAUAUCGUCUCGCUCCAGUGUAGUCAGUACCUGCUCCGUGGACUCGGUGCCCGCGGGCUCCUCAGAGGAACGCAACGCCAGCAAGCCUGGCAGCCAGCUGGACGGCCUAACGCACACACUGCCUGCCUCAGACUGCAGCCAACCCUGCACAAGUGCCUCCCUGCCCCGAAAUCCUGUCACACGGGCCUCCACCUUCACCUCCUCCACCAGUAAUGACGAGCUUACUCCCCCCGACCACGUCUCCGCGGAGACGGCCGACAGCGGCCGCGGCAGCUGGACCUCCUGUUCCAGCAACUCUCACGACAAUUUCCAGAACCUGCCGGCACAACGUCUCCUGGACCACCAGGCGGCGCACCGGCCGCCGCCCAUGGGCGGGCCCAUCGCAGAGGUGGAGGCAGGGCCAGCGUGGGCGGACGACGGCUCCCCCAUAAGCAGGCACUCCAGAGACAGCUCUGAGCUCAACCAAUCACGGCAGAGCUGGGCGUCGUCCAGUUCGCUGUCGGACACGUACGAGGGCAGCUACGGCACGAUCAAACGCAGGGCAGGGGAGCAGCCCGCCCCCGAGCACGCCGAGGGGAACCAAAGCACAGAUGCCUCCUACAAAACCGUCACCUCAAGCACAGAGAAAGGACUGAUAGUGUACUGUGUAACCUCACCCACCAAGGACAAUAGGUACAGGGCUCCGCCCCCCACACCGCCGGGAUACCACGGCUUGGCGCUUGGGGAGGUGCAGGAAGGAGGUCUGCGCCCGCCCCACUUACAGCCGCCCGAUUAUAGCGUGGCCUUACAGAGGUCCAAGCUCCUGCACAGCCCUGGAGGUCUGGGGGAGGCGCAGAGACUGCUGAAUCACCAGGCCGGCUCCCUGUCCCGUCCUGCCAGUGUAGUCCUGCAGAGUCUAGCAGAUAGUGAGGAUGAUGAACAGGUGUCUGCUGUUUGAAGCGUCCAGUCGUGGUCUGCUCCUCAUGGUCUGCUCCUCGUGGUCUGCUCCA